AAUUCUAUUCGGAAAACCUCGGACUCGGGAAGUCUUUUUCGUGGGAAAUUUAAAAUGGCAAACAGCGAUGAGACUUUGAGCAAGUUUGUUCUUGAAAUAAAAACAAAGUACGAGUCAUUAAUCAACGACUGGAAGACUUACAAAAAUGACAAAAAAGAGGAAGAAAGUGCAAAAGAGGUGAUUGAUGAGGAUUUGCUGUUGGUAAGCUCAGAUGAUUUGUCCAGACUCGUGACCGAAGUCCAGCAGAGGGAAACAGUUCCACCGAAGCCUCAAGCCACCAGGAGCAGCGCUGCUUCACUACACGCUACAGAGAAGCUGAAAGAGGAGUUAAAACAGUGUAGACAGCAGAUACAGAAUGACAUGGCAGAAAUAUCGUAUCUAAGGACGCGGUGCGAAACUGCAGUGGCGGAGUGUCAGCAGGAAAAACAGGAGAACAUCCGGUUACGUCACGAUGUAGAUUCGCUGACUCAGCAGCUAUCUCAGCAGUCGGAGUACUGCUCCAGUCUUGGAUCCGCCUGCUGUACUUUGUUGUGGCGUGUGUCCAAAAACGAGAACACCAUACAGUCCAUACUUGUUGGGAGUAAAGUAGAGGAGUUCUUGACACUCAUUUCGAACACGCUCAAUAGUUACGUCAUGACGUACAAAUCUGAUUGGCCAGACUCCAAGUCCGAGGAGAGUCAGUUUGUACACGCUCUCUGUGGCGUCAUCACAAAUAUUGCAGCCUGUGCGUUUGGACGUGAUUUUUUAAUUAACAACCCAUGUGGACUUCAAGUGAUAGACACCUAUAUCAACGUACUGGAACAGGCUCCCAACGGGAAAAGUGCACGUCUAAAGAACCUGAUCAUGAUGGCGCUGUACAACAUAAGCAUCAACCAGAAGGGAAUAAAAUACUUGUCCUCCAAACGAGGCCUCAUCAAGUUGCUAGCAUGGCUUCUACAAGACGAGACGGCAACAGAAAACCAAGUGAACACUCUCCGACUGAUACAGUCACUGAUAUCUGUGGAUUACAGCCUUAACAUUAUACACGAACUACUGGAAGAGCUUCCGAAACCUGUCCUACAGGAGCUUGGAGUGGACAAAAACAAAGAGAUCCGAGAAUUGGUGAAAGAUAUCACCGACGACAUUCAGCACCAAGUGAGGCACGAACAGUAGCGAAGCACCGACACGAAACUUUAUUUGUUAUAUACAUAGUUUAAUGAUUUAAUGAAACACUUCGAUAUAAUGUAAUUCAUAAUCUGAAUUUGUAGUUUAUAUAUAUAACUUAAAGAUGAGCUUUUUUUGUGUGUUAAACAUGUUAUAAUUGAUUUGAUUGACGUUCAAUACAAAUGUUCUGUACUUGCUUUCUUCUAUUUCACUUUUAUGUUCGUCCACGUCACACU